GACAAGUAAAAGGUUAAUAGCGGCAACUUAGAAGGACAAGCACGCCCGGUCGGGGGUCCACGCUCGCUCGCUCGCUCUGCUAUGUCAGGGAUUUCGGGACCAGUGCUAACUAAUUGCAACACCGUUCCCCAGACGCGGGGCAGGGCUGCCGGGGUGGCUGUGCAGUGCUACAGGGCAGUCCUAAUGCAGGGCGGGGCAGCAGCUGGGCGUGGGUGCGGCUGGUGGGGCGCGCCACCGCCCCCCGCACCCAGCGGCCAUGGUGGUACCACACCUCCUUGCACGCACGGCCGGGCUGGUGGGGGCGCAAUGCGCUGCUGCGGCACUGUAGCUAAUGCUUGAUGGGUUGGGCGGCUGCUGGUGCACGUGGGCGAGACGGGAUGGGUUGGGGCGGGUCGGGUGCAGCGUGCAGACACGCCUGCGGAAGGAGACGUGGAGAGAGGCGCAGUGCAGCGAUUAGUCCCGAGCAACAUGUGUUCCAGGACGAUGAACAGACCCGGUAUCUCCGAUGCUGUCCUAAAUCCUAGCAGUGACAAGACGAAGAGGGGGGCCGAGGAAGGCGCAUGCAGAGCAGGGGGAGAAGGGGUUUCACGCAGUGGUUUUGCCUUGCGGGCGAUGUAGCCGCGUGUGGUUACCACGAACAAGGCUGCCAUGCCACGUGGCAAAUUGCGGAAUGAUACGUUCAAGGGGGCGGAAGGCCACGGAAGUCGUUACGCUGGUGGAUGCUUGGACUGCACGACAUGGCGCCGCCCAAACACACACACAUGCGAGACGGGCCUGCCUUGCCGACUGAGCUCUUUUGGAGCGCUGUUCUGUUUUGAGUGUGUUGGUGGUGUGUGGUUGGGGGCGGUGAGGCAUGGGAGGGGGGGCGGGUGUUGGGCGUGGGCUGCCGGCGCCGCGAUGGAGAAUGACAUCGCUCAAUUACCACG